CGAGCGGCGGUAAACAGUUCAGCCAACAUGGCUUCCUCCGUAAAGAAGGCAGCUCACGACAUAGAAAGUCGAAAGCGGACUGACGAUGUGCUUUUGUCAGAGGGGAUCGACUUCGGCUCCCUGCUGCUGUCUCAGGCGGUGCUCGACGGACUGUCCGCCGCGGGCUUUCAGAAACCCUCCCCGAUCCAACUAAAGGCCAUCCCGCUGGGCCGCUGCGGACUCGAUUUGAUUGUACAGGCCAAGUCUGGCACUGGAAAGACCUGCGUGUUCUGCACAAUCGCCCUGGACAUGCUGGUCCUGGAGAAUCCUGCGACUCAGGUUCUGGUGUUGGCUCCUACACGGGAGAUAGCGGUGCAGAUCCACUCAGUGGUGAUGGCCAUAGGCUGUGCCAUGGAAGGCCUAGAGUGCCAUGUAUUUAUUGGGGGCAGGCCCGUGAGUCAGGACAAACCCCAUCUGAAGAAGUGCCACAUAGCUGUGGGUUCACCUGGUCGUAUCAAGCAGCUUAUCGACAUGGGCAUGCUGUCCACCGCCAGUGUCAGACUGUUUGUUCUGGAUGAGGCAGACAAGCUGCUGGAGGAGGGCAGCUUCCAGGAACAGAUAAACUGGAUCUUCUCCUCUCUGCCUGUGAACAAACAAAUGCUCGCGCUCUCUGCAACCUACCCUGAAUCCCUUGCGCAGCACCUUACCCGCUACAUGAGAGAGCCCACCUUUGUUAGACUCAAUCCCAGUGACAUGGGCCUCAAAGGUCUGAAGCAGUACUACAAGCUGGUGCAGUCCCAUCCGUUACCUCACAAGGUUUUCGAGGAGAAGGUGCAGCACUUACUUGAGCUGUUCAGUAAAAUCCCAUUCAACCAGGCCCUGGUGUUUUCCAACCUACACACAAGGGCUCAGCACUUGGCAGACAUCCUCUCCUCCAAAGGCUUACCUGCUGUGUGUAUCUCAGGUGGUCUGAGUCAGGACCAGAGACUGGAGGCCAUGUCAAAGCUGAAGCAGUACCAGUGCAGGGUGCUCAUCUCCACUGACCUGACUUCCAGAGGUAUAGAUGCAGAGAAAGUCAACUUGGUGAUAAACCUGGACGUUCCGCAGGACUGGGAAACCUACAUGCACAGAAUCGGACGGGCGGGACGCUUCGGCACUCAGGGACUGGCUGUGACCUACUGUUGCCAUGGUGAGGAGGAGAACAAGAUGAUGGCCAUUGCACAAAAGUGCGGCCUGAGUUUAUCGCCAUUGCCGUCCACCAUAGAGCCUGGGCUGAUGGACGAGCCGUGUGACUGGGACGUCUGCGCUGAGGCUUCCACUCCGGCUUCCUUACCCCAGUUCGUCUCAAGGACAGAGAAGAAGAGGCGUGUGAAGGCUGACAUGCCUGUAGCUGUAGAGCACAGUGGAACAACAAAGCCGGAGAAGACCCAUCAGACACCCAAGAGAGGAGCACAUGAUGAAGGGAACACUAGAAAAGUGUCUCCUGCUAGUCCUACUCAGACACGAAAGCAGCUGCAAGACGCUCUACCCAAGAUCCCUCCCCUCAGCUCGUUCAAGAAUUGCAGCUCAAGGUUUGUGACGUUUAAGGAAGCUGAGCAGGACUUCCACAGCUUCAUUAGCACAGGGUUGGGGAGAUCAGUGGAGGUCAUCAGGGAGUUCAGAGGUCAUGAGGACAAUGGGCCCAGUGAUCAGAACUGCCACAGAGAGUCAGUCACACUUAAUGAUGACGGAACUCAAAGUUUAACCCAAAGUGGACAACACCGGAAAUCUAACUUUUCACCUCCAAAGUCAGUUUCUGGUUCUUCAAGCUCCCAGUCGGACAUGGAGGACAGCCAGCAGGAUAAUGAGACACUGGGAAGCUCAAAUCACACCAGAGGCGGUGAAUACAGAGCAGUGAUUCCUCAGACCGAUGCUGGAAAUAGACAGACUGUGCCCAAACCAAAAUCAAGUCCCAAAGCUCAGACUUCUUCUGCACCCAAAAUAUAUCGCCAGACAACCGGCGCAUCACAUGGGAGAGCUUUGUCUCAGCCAGAGAGCUAUGAAUCCGUACCGAGCAUCAGAUCAAACAGGGAAACCAAUCAGGCUGCUCCGGCACAGCCUGGCAGAAAUGAAUCAAGAAAGAUGAGAGUGGAGAUUGGGAAACGGAGCAAAAAGCUCUCAGAAAAGAUGAAGGGCGGAAAGAGGGACGGGGACGAAGGUGAUGACUGCGAACAAGAUGAAGAAGAAGAGGAGGAGGAGGAGUGGAGCCCUGAAACUUACUGGAGAACCUGCUACCGAGCCUGGAAUGAUUACUACGCCUACAUGUCUCCUUUUCAAGAGCAGGGUUACCAAAGCUACUACAGCGCGGCUCACAACUGGAUGGCAGCUUAUCGAAUGAACGCCGUCUACAUGGAAGAACUCCUGAAACACUGACAUGUCUGUACUGUUAAUCAGGAUUUCUGUUCAUGCUGUUUUCUUGUGAGAACACAUUUGCUCUGAGCCAGAGCCCAGUGACAUACCUAACAUCUCUUUGCACUUCUGUACUGUUCUGUACUGUAAGACGUUGCGCUUAAAUUUUUCUAGUGUGUGUGUGUGCAUUUCAGCAAAUUCAUACCAUGUUCUGUAUGUUGCUGUUACUUUUCUAAUAAAUUACCAGUGUGGAGCAUCAAAGCCCCUUUCUUUCUGUUAUGGAUCUACACAUUCACAAGUUUUGAAACUAGCUUAUUUGUUUUUAGUAUCAGUACAUCAGCAAGGUGCUGAGAAUUUAUGUUCAAAUUUUUUAGAAUACACACACACACCAGUAUGCCAUUAAUGAUUAAUCUAACCUGAAGUUUAAAGAGGAAGGUGAAAAGGGGCUCAAACUGUGC